GGGUUUCUACAAGAGAAAAAAAAAAAAAACCCAACAGCAAGGCUUGCUGUUGGUUUCAAGCCACCAUUUUGUUCAACUUGAUGUUUCUAAGGGGCUUCAGUUUCAGGCAACAGGACAAAUGAAGUUAGACCACUUCAUAUUUUACUAUGACAAACCAGUCAAUAUUUUCUAGGAUGGCUACAAUAAAGACAACAGGAUAACACCAAAUUUCAGUGAAAAUAAUGAAAAAUUAGAAAUCUCAUAUAUUGCUGUAAGGAGUUUGAAAAUACAUUCACUUGGGAAAACUGUUUGGCAGCGACUUGCAAAAAUAAGCUUUGCUACUGAAGGGGAGGGUUUUAUCCUUCCAAAAUGUGUCUUUUUGGCCUAAGGAUUACUUUAAAGGAACAGACAAAGGAAAAGCUGUGGACCCAGUAGAGGUUUGCUUUUGAAAGAGCCAUUUGCUUUUAUAAAGAAAAGCUUCAUUUGUGAGGGUGCCUCCCUCUUUUGCAGGGGAAAGAGGAAGAAUGUGUAAAUCUCCAGAAACUCUGGUCAGUGGAGAAGGCAUGGAUUUAAAUCUGGAAAACGACCAUAGCCAUGAUACUCUUUUUUUGUCUGGUCACCUCCCCAAAACCUUCCCAAUAGGAUCACUUGUGGAAUUUCAAAAAAUGAUCAGAUCUGAUGCCCUCCCCCUCAGAUUCCGUCAAUUGGGGUUUGUUGAAACGAUGAUGUUUUAGUUAAGUGCUCCAGAUGAUUCUAAGUGAAGCCAGGAAGAAGCACGAAGAUUUCCCAUUAAUUUAAGAGAGGUGAGUGCACGCUUUGACUCUAGGAGAGGUACCAGAGUCUGCUCUAUGGGAGCUGCAGAGGAUCAGGUCCAUGUAACAAAGUGUGCCAAUGCUGUAGCAGCAUUGGUGGGGGUCUGUGGGAGGAGAAGUACUGUGACAACAAGGAAGGAAAAUUCAGAGAUUAUUCUCCAAGUUGGAGCUCAAAGGUUUUGAAUAGCUCCUGAUACAAAGAACUAGGAGGUUGGGCCUUUUCUGCAUUACAAAGUGCUGCCUGCAGGCGAUCAGUUUACAGGUGGAGAGGCUGUGUUCCUGGCUUGGAAGACAUUUUCUCCUGAUACAGCUGUGAGAUCUCCAGCAAAAUCUUCGGAGAAGAAAUCUAGGGGACCAGAUGAAAGAAGAAAUGGCCAGUUCACAGGGACUGCUGACCUUCAGGGAUGUGGCCAUAGAAUUCUCCCAGGACGAGUGGGGAUGCCUGAACCAGAGUCAGCGAGAACUGUACAGGGAUGUGAUGUUAGAGACCUGUGGACACCUCCUCUUCUUGGCUAUAUCUUCACAUGGCACCCAGAACCUCCUGCCAAAACCAUGCAUAGAAACCUCUUCACAAAAUGUGUCACUGGGUACAGGGAAACAUCAUGCCUUUGAGAAUUUACACUUAAUGAUAAACUGGGACAGUAGUAGAAAGAAUGAAGUGCAUCAGAAAUUUCAUGAAGGACAUGGUCCAAUUGAGAGGACUGCCCAUAACAAGAACUUCACGGCCACAAUCAGUGAAGGACAUAAAACAUCUUGGAAAACCGCCCUUUUUACAUCCACUAUUUGUGCAAAGCAGUGUGCAUCUGUAAGCAGAAGUUCCAAUCAAACAUGCAAACAUACAUAUUUGUGCAACGAAAAUUUGGAACAUUUGGAAAGUUACCUCGUCCACGCUGAAAACAAUGCUUUGAACCAUUGUGAAAGUGGGAUUGGAUUGACCUUUCAGUCAAAUAUUUCUAAAACUCAAAGAUUCAAAAAUGAAGAUGAAAGGCCUAGGACGUCUCAAUUUGGGAGGUGCUUCACAGAGGAGGUGACCCUACAACAUUACCAGUCCGUUUUCAUUGGAGAUACACUGGCUCAAUACAGUGGAUCUGAGACACAGUCUAACCAGGGAUCCCAUGUUAGAAAACAACUGAGGACUCCUCUGCAAGAAAACCAUUUUGAAUCUAAUAAAGAUGAGGAAGUCUUUUAUCCAAACUCCAAAUGUACCAAUAGUAAGAGUACACAGAGGGGAGAAAUUACUUCUAAAUAUGAUGAAUGUGGGAAAGCACUGAAGCAGUCCUUCAGUAUUGCUGAUCAUCAAAGGAUUCGUGUGGGGGAGAACCCAUCCACAGGUAACGAAUCUGGAAACAUGUUUAGUCAAUCAUUAAGUCUAAAUACCUGUAAGACAAGUGGUACUGGAGAGAAAAGGUACAUUUGCAAGGAAUGUGGCAAAACCUUUGACAGGCACUCAACACUAUCUCAACAUCAGCAAACACAUACUGCAAAGAAAAUUGACAAAUGUGAAGAAGGUGGUCAAACCAUUAAGGAUGGGUCAUCACUUCACGCACACAGUCAAAUCCAUACUGCACAGAAACCUUACAAAUGUCAAGAAUGUGGCAAGGCCUUUAACCAGCAAUCAUCACUUACUCAGCAUCACAGAAUCCACACUGGAGAGAAACCUCACAAAUGUCAAGAAUGUGGCAAGGUCUUUAGCCAGCAAUCAUCCCUUAGUCAACAUCACAGAACGCAUACUGGAAAGAAACCUCACAAAUGUCAAGAAUGUGGUAAGUCCUUUAAAUGGCACUCAUACCUUAAUCAACAUCACAGAAUUCAUACUGGAGAGAAACCUUACCAAUGUCAAGAAUGUGGCAAGGCCUUUAGCCAGCAAUCAUCCCUUACUCAGCAUCGCAGAAUGCAUACUGGAGAGAAACCUUACAAAUGUCAAGAAUGUGGCAAGGCCUUUAGCCGGCAGUCAUCCCUGAGUAAGCAUCAUAGAGUGCAUACUGGAGAGAAACCUUACCAAUGUCAAGAAUGUGGCAAGGUCUUUAGCCAGCAAUCGUGCCUUAGACAGCAUCACAGAAUGCAUACUGGAGAGAAACCUCACAAAUGUCAAGAGUGUGGCAAGGCCUUUAGCCAGCAAUCAUCCCUUAUUCAACAUCAUAGAAAGCAUACUGGACAGAAACCUUACCAAUGUCAAGAAUGUGGAAAAGCCUUUACCCGUUCCUCACUACUCACUCAACAUCACAGAAUUCAUACCGGAGAGAAACCUCACAAAUGUCAAGACUGUGGCAAGGCCUUUAGUGAAUACUCAACCCUGACUCGGCAUCACAGAAUCCAUACCGGGGAGAAACCUUACCAAUGUCAAGAGUGUGGCAAGUCCUUUAUCCAAAACUCACACCUUAGUAAACAUCACAGAACUCAUACUGGAGAAAAACCUUACAAAUGUCAAAUGUGGCUAGGCCUUUAAGGUGUAUUCACAGUUUACUUGACAUGAGAGAAUUCAUGCCAGAGAGAAACCAUACAAAUGUCAAGAAUGUGGCAAGGCCUUGAGUGAAUACUCAAUCCUUACUCGACAUCACAGAAUUCAUACCAGACAGAAAUCUUACCAAUGUAACAAAUGCAGCAAAACCUUGUUUUCUGUUCUAGCCUUAUUGUGCAUCACAGAAUCCAUACCUGAGGGAAACCUUACAAAUGUCAAGAAUGUGGCAAGGCCUUUAGGUUGCAGUCACCCUUAUUGACCAUCACAGAAUUCAUACUGGAGAGAAAGCUUACCAUAUAAGGCAUGUGGCAAGGCCUUUACCAAACACUCAAAACAUACUCAACAUGACAAAAUUCAUGCUUGAGAGAUCCUUACCAAUGCAACGAAUGUGCAAAAGGUUUUAAUCACCAAUCACCCUUUAUUCAAUAUCACACAAAUCAUCUUGGAGCAAACGUUUAAGACAGAGUUUAAGACUGUGAGAGAACUUCUUUUUAUUUUUAAAAAAUUUUUUCUUAGAAUGAGUAGGAGGGAGCAGAGAGAGAGAGACACGCAGUAUCAAAAGUAGGUUCCAGGCUUCGAGGUGUCGGCACAGAUAGCUCGGAGCCUGAGGCAGUGUUUGAACCCACAAGUCGCGAUAUCAUGACCUGAGGUGAAGUUGGAUGCUUCACCGACUGAGCUACCCAGGAGCCCCAAGACUGUGAGAGAACUUUUAAGGACUGCUCAAUGCUACUCCACAUCACAGAAUCCACAUUGAAGAUUAACGAUUCACAAGUAAACUAUGUGGCAAGAGUUUAACUAAUGCUGAUCCCUGAUUUCUUGUCAGAGAAUGUGUUAUAGAGAUGAUUUUACACAUAGAAAGAAUCUGGGAAGCCCUUUAAUGGUGCUUAAGCCUCAUUCCACACCACCAACUUCAUACUUGAGAGAAACUUUAGAAUUGUAGAGAAUGUGGUGAAACGUUUCACAUGGCUCAAGCCUUACUCACCAUCACAUUGUUCAUACAUAGGAGGAACAUUGAAAAUGUGAUGAAUGUGGCAAACCCCUAGGUGGAAGUCCUAGCUUAUUCAACAUCAUAGUUCCCAUAUCAGAGGAAAUCUCUAAAAUGUAAAGAGAAUGACAAAGCUUUCUACUGGAAUUCAAAUGUUUAGUCAAUAUCUCCAAAUGCAUGUUGAGUUGAAACCAUACAAGCCUAAUGCAUGAGGAAAGCCCUUCUUCAUAAAUAUAGCAUUUGGAAAACAGCAGAGAGUACCAAAAGGAAAGUAAGUUGAAAGAAGUAUUUAAAAAUAUAUUUAACUGAACACAACAUGUCAACACGUGUUACCGGAUUCACAGCAGAAAGAAAUAAGUCAGUGUGCUCAGAUUAUAUCAAAAUACUUAUUAUAAGGAAUAAUACAAAGUUAAACAUUUAGAUAAUGUAUACGCUAUUAUGCUUUAAAUGAUAAAAGGGAUGGAGUUUUGCAUAGGUAUAAUCUCAAUGUUUUUACAUUAACCUUUUUAAGAUUUGUGACUAGUAAACAUCAAUAUACUUCUUAUUCUCAAAUCACUUCAGGAAAUUCAUUUAUUCCUAGUACGUGUUUGAAUGUAUGCGGCUGAGUGUUGCUACAUCAAUGAUAUGAGUUCCCUUCUUUCUUAGGUGGGACUCAUACAUAUAUAAUUUUCCAUGGAAGGUGAAGGAGAAGAGUUGAAUAAAAUCUAAAUGGAGAUA